AUGGCUCAACAAGUCAAGUACACGUUGGAGAGCGCAAACGCGGCAGAAGCAGCUCGAGUCUUCCACUGCACAUGGAGCUGCCGGAGGAUGUUUCCCGCGCCGGACAGUACGGAGUACUCUGUCGUGGAUCUCCUUGUCGAAGUGAAGGGACACGAUUGUACUUCGGACCCGGACUCUGGAGCCAUCUUCAAUGAAGGUCAAAGUCUGGCACGCAAUAAAUACCCAAGGAUCUGCGGCCUCCUCGAUGCAAUCCUCGGUGAUGAGACAGAGUCCUCCACUGUCACUGUUCCCGUCAAAUUCCUCUUGCCACUAUCAGACGGAUACCUUGUGCGAGACAACAUCAUCCAGGAUCGUUUUAUCGACUCUAUGGUCGUGUCUGCUGUACAUAGUCUUGCGCCGUGGGAACAGAAGACUGAGGCGGUUACUCCCGAGGCACUGACGAGCGGAUGCCUUGCGAGCCUCAUGAACCACGGAUCGGUGGCAUUGAUAGGCCAUAAGACUCAGCCGUCGACGCCUAUCGCAGAGCGUCAUCAGAUCGAGCUUGAGCUUCACUGCCGCUUACAGAUGCAGUGGUGGCAACCCGAACUUCCGCCAACGAGGAGAUUGGCGCUUAUCAGAGUGGGUAUGACCUGGAGGUCUUACCAACCUGUCUGGGAAGCCGCCAGGACAAACCGUAUCAAACUCGUCAUUAUAGAUAAACCGGGCCACUGGCUGAACCAAGCAUGCAAUAGCCAUCUUUACGAACACUUCCUGCCGUUAGAUAUCGACGACGAUCAUGACGGACAGCUUCCAGCUCGUAUAGUCGAGCUGGUACGGAAGUCAGGAUUGGUCAUGGACGCAUUGACGAGUCACAACGAUCUCUCGAUUCUGCAUGCUGCUCAGGCGGCAGAAAUCAUGGAUCUUCCAACACAGGCAUCUUCCUGUUACCGCAUAAGUCGAGACAAGUACGCAACAGCCCGCCUUCGUCCAGAGGGCCUUUUGACAGAGCUGGUGACAACAGAAGAACAGGCCCUGGUCAUUGCAAAUGAUCCGAAAGUACAGUAUCCUCUAGUCGUGAAACCGCGAGGCGGUUGGAAGUCGGAUGGUGUGUCUAAGAUUAUCGAGCCCUCUCAAGUAGUCCCAUCCGUGAGGACUAUCCUGUCGGAGCUUGGCGACCUGGCCGUGGUCGAGACUUACAUUGAUGGGCCCGAGAUCGACGUCAACAUCGUUGUCUGCGAUGGAGAGUUGCUGUUCAGUGAGGUCGCAGACAAUUUGCCCUGCCUUGGUGACGAUAAUACAGCAGAUGCCUCGACGAGCCUUCAGCGACCUGGAAACUUUUCUGAGACGGGCACUACAUCACCGUCUGGAUUGCCGCAAGAUGAGAUGUCAAUGGCCACAGACGCAGCCUUCAGAUCUGUACUAGCUGCCGGGUUCAACGGUGGCUCCUUCCACGUUGAAGGGCGAAUCAUCAACUCAAAGAUGCGAUACGAACGAGUCGGCGGCCAAGUAGACCUGAGGACGUCCCCCGCCCCUCCUAACCAAGAAGCCAAGUUUGUGCUCAUCGAGAUAAACGCACGGCCAGCGGGCUUACCAGUUGCCUUGUCGACGAAGCGGACCUACGGGAUUGAUUUCUACGAACAUUUGUUCUUCAUGGCACUCAAUGACAGCGCAAGAAUGCACGCUUUGGCCCGGCCUUUUGCCUUCCCGAAUCUCCCACCAGGCGCCCAGUACUGGACACAUGUUUUCUUCCCUUUGGUACUGCGUCCUGGGAAAUUCGACGGGCCUAGAUGGGAGUCGAUGAUCGCUUCACACCCCAAGGCCCUUCAGCACAUAAGCACAUAUUUCAGUAUGUUCAAUGAUGGCGAGGAGAUGCCGGACCCGAUGACUGGAGCGUCGAGGUCUCUCGCCGUGUUCAUGAUGCACGUACGCGAGGGCCGGCAGCGUUUGUGGGAGGUGCUGGCAGAUGUUGAGGGGCAGUUGCAGCCGACUCUUACCAGUGGCCUUGUUCAAGGCCAUGCAUACUAG